GAAGGGCACUGUACUGCAUCCAUAUCAGAGGAUCAUGAGACAACAUGUUGGGGCUGUGGGUUGCACCUUCUUCUUGAAACUGAUUCAACUAUAUUCAAGUGUGGAUGGUGUGGAGCAAUAACUCACGAAAACAAAGCUUUGAGGAAACCUGAUAGUAUAUGCUUUUCUCGUUGGAGACUUGUGCGGGACCGCUUCUUUGUUACUGUUCUUCUCAUCUUCGUGUUAUUUGUGAUAUGUGCUGGUGUUUGGGCGGUAUACCCAGUUGUUUUCUCAGUCAGCUAUUUUUGUGGGAUUUUCCACUCCACAAUAACAGCCAUUUUGUCUGUCAGUACCAUAUUUAGUUUCUGCCUGGCAGCCUUUAGGUCUGCUGGCUCACCACCAAACAUACUCUGGGGUAGUUUUCAUGUUGUGGCAAAAGGUGACCUAGAGAACUACACUUUUUGUGUUUACUGUGCAAAGCCAAAGCCUCCAGGAGCACAUCAUUGCCGUUCAUGUAGAAUGUGUGUGUUGGACAUGGAUCAUCAUUGCCCAUUUAUAGGCAAUUGCGUAGGAGCAGCAAACCACCGGUUUUUCAUUGCAUUCCUCAUCUCUGCAAUCAUUAGUUGCACUUAUGUUGUUCUGAUGACAUCAUUUGCUGGGUCUCAUACGUGGCCUCCUUUGGAGUUUAGAACACUUGGCUCAACUGGCUUCCACGAUGUGAGUGGUGCAAGGUUUGCAAAGGAGAUCAUUGCGGCCUUAGCUAGCUCAGCGCUGCGCCUCUCAGCAAGAGGCUUUGUUCUUAUUUAUUUGGCAUUUGCAUGCCUGUCUGUGGAGAUUGGUUUAAGUGCAUUGUUGUGGCAGCAGCUCUAUUAUAUCUAUGAAGGUAGAACUUACAUCAACCGCAUAAAUUCACUGAAUGCUUGGCGUGGAGAAAAGGGACUCCAAAACCUUUUGCGUUUUUUCGGUUGUCCAUAUUCAGUUUUCAGAGUAUUACUGCAUCCUGCCAGUGCUGGAAAGUUGCAAGACACAUCAAGCUCCAAGCUCUUAUAGAGAUAUUAUACUAAAUGAUGUCGCACUUUUGGAGUUUGCGUUAUGGCACACUUUGCUUACCAAGAUGUCAAAUACUAGAACCAAGCAGUCUUCAGCUGAGUUUGAGGACAUUUUGGUAUGGACAAAAACUGAAUGGAUUGGCAGCUAGCUGGAAAAUUUUUCUAUUUUCUUUCUGUAAUAUUGCAAUCCACCAGACUUAGUUAUUACUGUACUUUCUGUCUUCGUCAGUGUAAGGUCCCCUGUUGCUAAAUUAAAUAUUUGAAGUGCGAAACUGGAUUUUCACUCUUA